ACUAAGGACAUUGCUGUUGAAAAUGUGGACGCUGUGUUGGUUUCCUUUUUUGAGUUGCUAGCUGUUUCUUAUUUGUCGAAUCUCAGAGCUGGACCUGGUGUGUCAGAUUUGGAUGUGGUAGAAGAUCCACCUUGGAAUGGCAAAGUGUUCGCCACGGUGAUCAAUGAAAUGAAUCCCAAUUUGGACUGGUGUGAAGUCAUUGAUCGUCUCGACGACGUCCAAAUGUUAGUGACUCGACGUCAGUCACUUAUCACACUGGUCGAUGCACUGAGGACAGGACUACGGGACAAACCGUUUCCGAUCAACAAACUGUACACUAAGUGGCGGUGCAGGGAAGCUCAGUUGUCACUAAUAUCGUCAAUGAUUGAAAAUCCGGACGUAUUUUGCAUUGCUGACUAUCCCCAUAGGGCCGUUCCAACGAAUAUGUUGAAGAAUACACCUGAUGAGAGCGAUCGAUUACUAGCACCAUGGUGUUGCGUGGAACUGACAGAGUUAUUGUUGGCAAUGGCUGGUGAACAGAAUGUACAAACCGCAGCCAUCCGACUGCUUCACGCAUCACUGACGGACUUGCGCAAAAGAUUCAGGUGGAGAUUGGUGCUUCCCGUGUUUAGGGUCUCUAACGAAUGGGCUGUCAUCGAGGCUACAACAGCCUUAUGGAACAGUGAGGUUCUGCCUCGCACGACAGUUCACAACAUGAUUAUCAACGCGUUUCUGGCAUUUCACUCGAAAGCGCCCGACGAUCAGCAAAGACUGGCGAGAAUUCUGGAUAUUGCGAAUGAGCUGAAACCGGGUGGUCUGGCCGAAUUGUUCAGUUGUCCUCAUGUGCCAUUCAUUGUCGAGAUGGGUUUAUUAGCAUCAAAGCGGGAUUAUUUAAAACUGGACAAAUGGUUGGAAGACAAGUUCGCAGAGUUAGGAGAUCCUCUUGUCGACAAUGUCAUUGCGCAGCUACAACGACGUCUUUUCGUGCCGGCGACAAGCCAAUCGCUUUCACCAGAGACAUUUUCGAUAAUGAUGACAUUUCUACGAAAUCAUUCCACGAAAUUGUCACCGUUAUCGAAACAGAAGUUCAUCGCGCUCACAGAGAAGCUGAAGGAGAUCCAACAACAACAAAUGCGAGAAUCCUCAGCGCGGAGUUCGUCAGUCUCGUCGACUGGACGAUCUCCAAUCGUUGGUGGAUUUGGUAUGGACGCCCGAUUUCCUGGACGACCUCCAGGUGCUGGCGGACCUCCGCCGCAAUCUAUGCCGCCACCACCGCAACCGUUUCCCCCAAAUGGUGCCGGCGCCCCGCCGCCACCUCAUAAUUUACUGGCGAUGCAGGCUGGCCCCCAACAGCCUGUAUCGAAUCCGGUUGGACUAGGUUCUAUGUUCGGUAGCAAUGCAUUCGGUGGAAGUCAAGACUUACUUCGGACUUCACAUCCUGGUGCAAAUCAGCCGUUUGGCGGUCAACCAAUGGCAAUGUCGCCGUCUUCCCAAAUGAUGCGAUCUGGUAUGCCGCCAGCGCCUCAACGACAGACAAUCCGCAGUGGCGUUGGUUGGCAAUGCAGAGGGCCGGGACAACAGGAGUCACCGCAACUCUCAACAAAUGGAUUUUUUCAACCACAACAACCUAAUGCAUGUUGCAGUGGAGUUGAUCUUCGUUCGGCGCCAAUGCCAUUAGGUGCAGGUCCUGUCGUCAUUGAUGAUAUGAACUUCCCAAAGGAUGUGCAGGAUGAGGCCAACAUGUACUUCGAGCAGAUUUACAACCAGUCAUCUCUUGUUCUUGCGUGCGUUGUGAAAAACCUCUUCGAAGAAUAUCGAUUUUUCCAUGAAUAUCCUGAGCGUGAAUUGCGAACUACUGCUGAGAUCUAUGGUGGUAUUAUAAGGGAAGGAAUAAUCAGUAAUCUGCAUUUUGCAACUGCUGUACGAAAAGUGAUUGAAUCUCUGCAGUCAGAAGUUGGUAGUAUGUUGUGGACGUUUGGAAUAGUAUCAUUGACAGCUUGUCGGUCGAAGCUGUGCUCCUACCCGAAGGUCUGCUCAAUGAUCGCACAACACGAGAAUUUCUCGAAGUUUCCGCAAGGGCUCAAAGAAUACGUGUUGGCGGGGUUGAAAGGAGAGCUACCCGUCCAAAGCAUGGCCCCACCACCAAUGGACUCGAGUGGAAGAGCAACACCACCUCUCAGUUGGACGCCAGCACAACGAUCUUCGAGCACAGAAAGUGCUAAGGCAACUUCGAGCAGUACUAGUGUUGGAAGUACAAAUAGAACCGGUAAUUCGGUGCUGUCGUAUACGAAUGUGGACACUCUGGUGUCGGCAACUGAAAAGGAAGGCGCCGAAGUUGCGCAGCCGGACAUUUCAGUCGUUGACAAAGUACUGUUCCUGUUCAACAACCUCUCGCAAAGUAAUUUGACAACCAAAAAGGAUGAGGUGCUAGCACUAAUUGAUGAACACGGUGAACCGUUCAUCCGAUGGUUUGCCCAAUACGUGGUUAUGAAGCGGGUGUCGAUUGAGCAGAAUUUUCUGCCACUGUACAAUCAAUUUGUGCAAGCGAUAAAUCAUCCACUUUUGGAUGCUCACAUUAAACGAGAGACGUUCAGGAAUAUCAGGAUCUUGUUACGAUCAGACAAGCGGCAGGCAGCUUCGAAUUACAGUGACCGACAGCUGUUGAAGAAUCUGGGCAUGUGGCUGGGUUCCAUCACAAUAGCCCGUAAUAAGCCUAUUCUGAUUCAUCACUACUUAUGGAAGCGUAUUAUAAAGGACAGCAAGAACUUCCUAUUUGUCGUUCCUUUUAUUGCGAAAAUAUUGUUUUCGUGUGGUAAAACGCAGGUGUUGUGCAAAGAGCUGUCAGUGGAUUUGGAAUCAUUACCAAUCGAGGGCUUGCUGAAAGACACCGAUCGCCUUGUCAGGGUCACGCAACAACUAUCAGAUUUGAAAACCCUUUCACAACCGGAUCAGGCGAACAGCAGUCCUGUACCAGGGCAAAUGCGACUUGCACCAGAUGCAGUGUCUGCUCCGGGAGCAGAUACGAAGCCCUCGACUCCAAAUCCCGAAUCAGAGGGCUCGUCGGCAAUUGUCGAUGGUACAGCCAGUGCUGUCAUCGUACCACCGCUUCAUUUCGCAUAUCACGACAUCAAUGUGACGUCAUAUGAGGGUCUUAUUCCUCAUAUCAAGUUCCAACUGUCACUUCCGCUGUUCCAACUCCACCCACAAAUGAAGCACCAUGUCCGACCAGCACUUACGCAGGCCAUCAAGGAACUCAUAGGUUGGAAAGUUAUCUUUUCUGAUGAUAAAUCUCAGCAGGAGCUUCUAUUUUCCUUUCUCCCAUUCUGUCUGGUCACGCUUAAUAAAGUAAUUGCAGGGCCAGUGGCUGAGCGAGCUCUGAAGAUUGCGAUGAUCGUGACUGAAACUCUUGUUCGCAAGGAUUUUGCUCUCGAUCCAGAUGAGAACAACUUGAAGAAGGCGGCAUUUCACAUGAUGCGUGCUAUGACAGCUGGUAUGGCGAUGAUCACCUGCCGUGAUCCAUUGGCCGGCACGAUGGCCUCAUUGCUACAGCAGUCUUUCACCAAUUCUCUUCGAACGUCGAACUCUGAACUGUCGAAGAUGAUCGAUGAAGCGGCACGGGCAAUCACACAGGAUAACAUCGAAUUGACCACGAAUUUCAUCGUGAAAACAGCGUGUGAAAAGGCUGCUGCCGAGCUGGAAAAGCGACUGGAAGCUGAAUGUGCACGUCGGGUGGCGGCUCGCCGUGAAGGAACAGAAUGGCACGACACGACCAUGGAGAAAAUCCAAGCUGAACUUCCGGCUCGAAUCGCCAUUCAAGUCGGUCCAACGCGAAAGGAACAUCUGGCUAUCUAUGAGCAGUUCAGCGGACGAAUCUGUGGUUUCAAACCAACGAUCAGUGAAGAUACUUCGACAUCGGUUAUGGAGACGGUCAGCAGGAGCAAUGACUCUCCCAGAAACAGCCAAGGAGGUCGAGCAGCUCACCCAACAACUGAACAGCAUCAUCAAGGAGGUGGACGUUACCAUGCAGGCCCAACCGAAUCUGCAUAUCAAGGCGUAGGGGCGAUUCGUGAUCUCCUCUCUCAACUCGCAUCAAAUCCACGAGAUUCGAUGACAGUUGUCAAUCUGAUCACCCGUUCUGUCGAAUAUCUUCUCCAUGCGUACCAUGUCGAUAGCACCUCAAAACCGCUUGAUGUCGAGUGGGCAAGACGUCUUCGCGAUUUGUUCCUCGGUGUCUGCCGAGUGUUGCUGACGCAGUUCAGUUUGGUGGAUUUGUCGAGACGUAUCACAGGUAGCAUAGUUAACGUACGAAUGGAUUACAAAUGGAAUGUGGAAGCGAUUGAAGUGCUAUUGAAACAUCAACUGGUUCAAACGCAAGUGUUCGACCAACAUCUGGCUCAUGUUAUGGAUGGAGGCUCGAAUGUGGAGGCCACUUUGUUCGCGCAGCGAUUUUUCCGUGUCAUUGGAUCGAAUGACGCUUCGAGGAUUCCCGGUGAUCAAAGAGCUACCUACGAGCAGCUUUUCAAAAUGCAGCAGGUGCAAGCGAUUUUGCGACAACAAGCUGCCGCUGCAGGAGGAACAGCUGAGCCAAACCUGGAUUCACCUCUUGGACCAGCCGCAAUGGAUUCAUUGGUGACGUCGAAUCCAGCCGCCACUGGUGUACCACCAGCUGUCCCGCCAUCCGCAGAAGAGCCAGGAAUGUCAGAUAAGGUGGAGAUCAUUCUGCGAGAGUGGAUUGGCUUGUGUUACACGCCAAUGGCUCAGAGGAAUCCAAAAGACACACGCAGCAUGCACGAGCAUGGUGUCUUGUCGGGCGAUGAGAAAAUCUCGCAGUUCAUUCGAAUGUGCACCGAAAUGUGUGUGUGGAUGUUGCGUUGCGACUUUCUGAAGACGGAUGCAUCCGCACCAGUCAGUCCAUCGAAUAUCGUGCGACAGCGAUGUUACUACACCCUGGACGCGUUUGUCAAGCUGAUGGCGUUGAUGAUCAAGUAUUCUGAUGGUGGUAGCGCGUCUCCGUCUGGCACGUCGAAGAUAGCCCUUCGCAGAAAGUAUCGACGGGAGGAGUUCAAUGCACAUCCGUACAUCCGAAUUAUGAUCAGCCCUGUUCAUCGAACUGACCACUCCGGACGGAUCAAACUUGGAGCCAAUCGCGUGAAUGCGUUGUUCAUGUUGGGAACACGUAACGGCUUCGCUGAAAGCGUUGAUCCAAUGAAGACGUCAGCGAUGUAUACGCAGUUGUUGAUAUGCCAUCUGAAGUUCCUCGCCCCAUUCCUACGAAAUAUUCAGCUGCCAAAAUCGAUAGCGGUCUUGUAUAAAGGAACGCUUAGGGUUCUUCUAGUAAUUCUGCAUGACUUCCCGGAGUUGCUGUGCGAAUAUCAUUACGUCAUCAUUGAUACGAUACCACCGAACUGUGUACAACUUCGAAAUCUUGUCCUUUCGGCAGUAAUCAGAACACCUGGCUCUAAAUACAACAGCACAGUGAUGAAUGCGAUGGUGUUGUACGUUGGAAUGAAAGCCAUUGAAAGCUUGCAUGAGCGACGACAACGUAUCUCGAUUCACACGAUUGCGCACACAGCAUUCAUGGAUAUUUUUCCAAAAUCUCGCCUGUUCAAGGUUUGUGUACGAAGCCGAUAUCUGCUGUUCAAUGCGAUCGCGAAUCAACUGCGUUACCCGAAUGCACAUACUCACUACUUUAGCUGCGUGUUUUUGUUUUUGUUCUUGAACUCGGAUCACGAUGCGAUUCAGGAACAAAUCACACGCAUACUCUUCGAACGACUGGUGGCAUUGCGUCCACAUCCGUGGGGUUUACUCAUCGCGUUCAUUGAAUUCAAAAAUCCCGUUUACAACUUCUGGAAGUACGAGUUCACCCGGUGCGCUCCUGAAAUUGAGCGAUUAUUCCAAAAUGUUGCGAAUACGUGCGUUACGGCACGACCAGCUGAUUCAGAAGCGAGCAAGGCCUAA